ACGAACGUGUUGUUACACGUAGAGAAUGAUCAAGCAGCUGUAGUCUUUAUUCUUUGUUUACGAUCAAAACGUAAAGUCGAUUUCGUUUCGUGACUAGGGUCAGUCGCGCAAGCGCUAUACGCUAUAAAAUACGUUACCUGAAUCGUGCAAGCACACAUCCAGUAAGCUGGAUAAAAUGGGUGCAAGUUUGGUACAGUGUUUAUUGUAUCGUUUCGCCACGAGAAGCACGUCUGUCUUAAAUAGCGUACUAAGGGGUCAAAGCAAUCAUAGUUCUCUUUAUCGUGGACGACAGCGUUCGUACAGAGACUUAUGGACAAUCGCAGCGAAAUUAAUCCCUUCUGCAGUGAUGAGAUGUUACGCCCAGAAUAACUCUAAACUCGUCCCGAUUGAUCCAACGACAGAGAUGCCACGGAGCAGAAGACGUCACCGCACUCGUAGUCAUUCGAGAGCUCGUUCACAUUCUGCAGGGUCUCUUCAAUAUGAACAUAAGAGACGUCGCAUUGACUAUGAAAGUCCACGCAGUAAAGGAACCUAUAGCGGAGAACGCGUGCUGAGGUCGCGUCAGCACGAUCGUGGUACCAGCCAGGAGAGACGGUACAAGCGAAGCCAUCGUCGAUCACCGAGCAGUGGUCGGCAACACGGACAUCGUGAUCGCGAUCGUGAUCGCCUGGCGCAUCCCACUUCGUCCCGGCGUGCAAGGAUCUAUCGGCACCAUGUCUCGUCGUCGACUAGCCAGGAUCGGCACAGGCAUCGUUCGCCGUCCUCCAGAAGUCAGGUGAGUUUGAAUGGUGCCGACAAUCGACGUGAAUUCGUCGUUGCAUUCUGCCCGGUCUUAUAUCUUCAUCUGAUAUUAUACCGUUUGACGCAUACCCCGCGCGUCUGACGUAUAUUACGUGGAACAUUCACGCGAACAACGCGAAAUCGUUUCUCGAUUUUGUUCUCGCGAUUUUACCCACCCUGACAACCCCGUUUUCCUAAAGUAUCAUGCUUAGUGGCAGAUACUGUGGUACUCUUUCGAUUGGGAAGGUUAAUACUUAGCUUGGGAGUUUGAUGGUUUUGAAAAGAUUAAAUGUUUGACUAUGUUUGACUAUGUACUUAUUUAUUUUAUAAUAUUGAAUAUUCUUUUAGCAAGCACUUUUUCUCUUUAUUCUUAUUGAAGAGAUUUAAAACGAUUUGAUAUUGUUUGAGAGGGUUGGAUAUUGUUUGAGGAUGUUUGUUUCACGCAUACUUUCGUUUGACUUUAAUGAAAGCUACCAGUGUAGUUGACGAACGUGGCAUUUUAAACAUUCCUUUUUUUUUCUGUUUUAUUGCAAAAGUAAUGGUUUGAAGAGUUGGUAGAUCGUGGAGAAUUAUUUCGCGUAUUCGUUGGAUUCAGGACUUGCUAGCCUUAUUACUUUAAUAAAAAUAAAAUAUUACCUGUGCAUCAAUGUAUAACUCGAUUGAUAAUUUUUAAAAUUCGAUCAAAAAAAUAAAAAUUAUAUUAUUCGACAAUAAUUUACUACCGUUUACAUACGAUAAUCAUUUGAUAAUAAAUUAAAGAUCAAUUAAUUAAUUAAUUGUUCAACUGCAAUAAACGUAUAUGUAUCGCAUCGAAGAGAUUACAGACGAAGAACACGCAUGUACAUGCAUUUAAUGAAGGUUUCGAAAGCGAAACUACAAAUUGGUUUUAAUAAUUACACCCUCUGCAGUCUGACAAGACUUGACAGGAAAAGUUUCAAAUUACAAACAAAGUAAGUCAGCUUUGUCAUAAAUCCAAGCUACACGCAAGGGAUGAAAAGUUCGGUCGUAAAAACGAUAUUCCGAUUUGCAGAUAGUCUGCAUACUUCGAGCAGCGAUGGUGUAUGGACUAUUACUAUCGCGUACCGUAACGUGUUGCGUGUUCACCUUUUAGUAAUUCUAAAGAUCUGAAGUUUUGUGGUACGUGGCCCUAAAUAACGAGAAAUCUUAUACAGGAAUAUAUGCAUAUCUGCAGGCAAAUGUUUGCAAAUGCCUGCAUUCUCGUCGUGAGUUACGUAGCACUGUGAUUGCGAAUACGUAUAUCUUUUAGUCAUUAUAACUGUUCUAUUUAUUAUUCGGGUACAUUCGAGUAUUUCUUUGUCUUACAAGGUACAAAUAUUGCGAUUAAUUCGAAAAUCGUGUUUUAGAUGUAUGACUUUCGUCACAAAUGUACGAUAAAAAUAUUUUACUGCAUCGAGUUUCUGAAUAUAUUCUACGGACCGUUUGUAAAAUUCUACAAAGACUUAUACAAAUUUUUGCCCGUUAGAUACAUAGACGUCAUAUCAAGCUUCUUCGUGUCUACACUAUUCAUAGAAUUCUACAGAAAAAAAUAUAGAAAUGUAUAUAGAUUUUUGUCGGCAGAUAUGCAUUGAAUAUUUAACAAAACACAAGUUCGUGAAAUUCUCUACAGCAUACAGAUAGUAUGCUGUGCAACACACGGUGGUAAUAGUCCAUGUACGAUCUAUAGAAUCAUGAAACAUGAAAUAUGAAUAUCUACGGACGUCCCGACGUAACUCUCGCAGUUAGCGCAAUAUAGCGAUUUUUCGUCCAUUAUCCUUCCUCGAAUUUUUCACGUUGCACUUGCUCGAGUGAAUCAUCCUCCGUGUAUACACCCCCGCGUCUUUUAUCUCUGAAAAGGAGCAGGGAUAUCCAUAUUUUCUUUGGCACUUCUCGUUCCAAAGAAUGGAAACCUCCGGCGAUACAAAUACGCCGUCGUGAGCGAAUCAAUCGAACGGAAUGAACCGAGGAGAAAAGCUACUAAAUCACAACAGAGAUUCUAGCUCUCGAGGUUCGACCAAGAAAACAGACACUCGUAAACGCAAAUUGACUGAGAAAAACUGCAAAUGCAAUGUUAACGUUCCUUGCGCGCUGGCAACUGGAUUGCGGAUCAUAACGAGUGACCGAAUACCGCGUAUACAAUAAUUCGUCGCUUUCUAUUUGAACCCGUCGGGGUAUAUAUUGAUAUUGCUGGAUAGAAACGAUUGAGAAAUGGUAAAUUGAUUAUUUGUUUUGCCUGGGUUAUACUUAAAUAUACUCAGAACUGAGGAAACAUUGCAAUUUUUGGACAGAAGAUUCUCAAAGUGCGUGGUACGCUCGUUCCAGCGCAAGAGGUUAAUGGGUCAAAGAAACUUGAGAGAAAAUAGAAGAAAAGCACGAGUAUCGAACAUAUACGGUCGUUCUUCGAUGGAUUAAAGAUGGAUUAGCAGAGUUGCAAUUGAAAUGUUACGUUACGACGCUCGUUCUUCGAUGGAUUAAAAUAAUCGAAGAAGAAGCUGUUUCACAAUACGCAUAACGUGGAAAGAAUUCGACAGUUCAAAAGGAAGACGUUGAAAGGGAAGGAAGAAUGGGGGGGAAGAUCGGUGCGCGAAGAAACACGUGGGGGGAUCAGCCUCUGGAGAAGGCCGCGUUGGAACUAGCGCGUCGACGACGCGUGUACCCGGAGCAAAUGCCGAUGAUUCUUCUUUCUUAGCCAGCGUCGGCUAUUUUCGACCGGCGACUAUUUUCGAGGGGGACUCGUCACGCGGUUUCGCCGCGGUUUUAGUGCGAGUUUGCGCCAGAUGGCCAGCGCAACGCCGUCGUUCUCCUCCGCAUCGUCGUCGGGGAAACGCGCCGACAGGGGAGCCGGUUCGCCGGAAGAUCGGACACCCGCCUAACAACCGUUGUUUCCUCGUCUUCGCCGUCGAUUCCGGAAGGGAAUUCUCUCUUCCCCACCCGCGAUCGAACGCGAAGAAGAAACGCCUAGAUCGUACAAAAUUCUCUCGUUGAGAUGUAAAUGGAGGAAGAGGAAGAUUUGUAUCUCUCCGAUCAUGUAUCGAAGUGGUACACGAAGUGUGCGUUGAGAAUUCAUUGAACUGAGAGAAAUUCUGUGCGUUUGUUUCGAGAGGUAGGACCUACGUAAAUAUUUCUCGUCGAUUUAACCCUGCCGCGUUCUUUCGCGACCUUACCUACUCGCUUCCUCUCGAAAUGAAAACGAUCAUCUCAAGUUUGCGACACAACACGAGGAAGUUGCGCGUAUUAGUGUGCGCGUGAUCUUCUUGAAUUCAUUACACGAACUGAAUCAAGUCUUUGCAAGUGUUGAAAAAUAUUCGACAAGAGGUGUCGGUAUAACGUAAGUAAAAUUUGUUGCCAAUCGUGCCGCUUGUAAUGUACGUUUUCCCUUCACGAGUAGCCGCCUUUAGCCAGUACUAAAAAAAAAAAAAAAAAAACAAAAAAGAAAAUGAUUUAUAAAAAUGAUAUUGACUCACGACGUACGAUGGUAUUGUUUACCAUACUUGCUUUGCUUAAAUGAUUAUUACUUAUCGCGAGUCGUCUCUGCGGAAUCGGAGAAGCACCGAUUGAAAUACGAGAAAAUAUGAAAAUUCUCGAGGAUCGCGGCAGGGUUAAGGUAACCCGAGAGAUCUCGGCGAGAGCCGCUGACCCAGAAUCGAUCACAACCUGGAUUUAGAAAUACGCGUUUGUUCUUGGCAAGAUGCGGCCGAUGUGAGGAGAGUGGCGCGAGUGGCCUCUGGUCAAAUCCAACGACUCGACGAUUUUACCACGAUUUUACUUAAAGAAACGGGGGAAAGGACGUAGGCAAGGUAAUUGUCGUUCAAUCUGGAUCAUCCUGGAGGUUGGUGCGUGCGUGGCGGCGACGGUGGCUUGGCUGACGGUCCGCCACCCUCCGCUUCGUCCUCGUCGUCGUCGUCGACGAUGGCUAAUCAAGAGAUGAACUUACUGAUGUCUGGGAACCAGGUGCCCUGGUGGCCUAGACAGGGAUGGGAGCCUUGGGUGCAACCACGGGGAAAUAACGUGGAGCUGGCCAGGGAAUUGGACACGAAGAUCGACGUGACACCGGAGUCGAAUGAAACUUCGAUCUCAGAGGUAGCCAAA